AUGAAUAUUCCCUAUUCCAAUUGCAACGAUUUCACAUUCUCUCGUAAUCAUCCCUCCGCCACCCCCAGACACAAGACAUCAACAUUCUCCCAUGGUCCUGCUAACAUACCCAGAAUUAAAAACGACACGACUAGACUCAACAGCAAGAAAAUUCCUUCCAAAGUCUGCUCAUCUAAAUUACGAAGUCGACUUGUUACAUCACCAAGUACCCAAGACGAUGAAACUGCAAAUACUAGUGAGGAGGAAUUAUCAUCAAGGUUAGAAAGAUCUUCAGAGUCUACUUGCUCGGGGGGUUGUGGGAAAAUUGGUGGAUGUGAGAGAAAAGAGAAGAGUGUGAGUUUGGAGUUCUGA